GUGAUAAGAGUGUCAAUGUGAUUCAGAUUGAACAGGUAUCUGCGCAGCUAGCUGCUUGCAUGCCUGAUUUGACAUUGGCUAGCUAGUGAAGUCGGAAAGACGUGGAAUCUUCCCGACCCAGAAACCUGAUUUGAACACCCGCGGUAUGGAGAGCGAGAAUGGUAGCACCGUCCGGUCCAGAAGCAGAGUCUUGCCAAAGAUGCCAUCCUUCCUGGACCUGGACAGCCAGGUUGGAAACAAUGGAGAGAACCAGUGUAAUGGAGAGAAACGCUUACCCAGUAAUGGGAAAAUGGAGGUGGAACAGCUGAUCAGCCGUAAACUCCAGCUGAAGAGGAAAGCCGAGCACCUGAAGAGCGACCUCAUGCGUCAGUUUGAAGGCCAGGUGAACGACUUCAUGGACAGUCUGAUCGAAGAAUCCGCCAUUCUGGAGGCUGCGCCUGUAGCUGCUGCCUUCUCCCCCCCGCUCUCCGACAAGGAAAUGACCAAACUCGGCCUGACCUCCUGUGGACACCUCCGGUCACCACAGAGCCAGGGCAAGCAGUUUGUCAACAGAAGGUCCUUGUUGGACGAGCUGUUUGAGGUCAACCACAUCAGGACCAUCUACCACAUGUUCAUCGCCCUGCUCAUCCUCUUCAUCCUCAGUACCGUGGUCGUAGACUUCAUAGACGAGGGCAGGCUGGUGCUGGACUUUGACCUCCUGGUGUAUGCGUUCGGCCAGUUCCCCCUGGUGGUCUCCACGUGGAUCUGCAUGUUCCUGUCGGUUUUGGUGGUUCCCUACCUGCUGUUCCAGCUAUGGGCCUCCCAGUACCUGAGCUCGGCCUUGCCCGGUCUGUGGAGCCUCCUGCUGGGGUCGCUCUUUGUCCUCUACCAGGCCCUGGGCCUGGGCCUCCUGCCCACCUAUGUGGCCGUGGAGAACAGCCUGCCUCCAGCCUCCUGCUUCGUAAUCAUCCUGGAGCAGGUGCGUCUGAUGAUGAAAUCCUACUCCUACAUGAGAGAGAAUGUUCCCAGGGUCCUGGCUUUGGCCAAAGACAAGAAGGGCUCAGCUCCUGCUUCAGUCACACCCCAGAUGACCCAGUACAUCUACUUCCUGUUUGCCCCCACCCUCAUCUACAGAGACAAAUACCCCAGAAAUCCAGAAAUCCGAUGGAGCUAUGUGGCCACCAAGUUUCUGCAGGUUCUGGGCUGUCUGUUCUAUGCCUACUAUGUGUUUGUGCGCCUGUGCAUCCCCCAGUUCCGCAGCAUCAGUCCUCAGCUGUUUGACCUGAGAGCCAUGGUGCUGUGCGUCUUCAGUUCCAUCCUUCCAGGUGCGUUGGUUCUGUUUUUGGCCUUCUUCGCCUUCCUCCAUUGCUGGCUCAAUGCCUUUGCUGAGAUGCUGCGCUUCGCAGACAGGAUGUUCUACAAGGAUUGGUGGAAUUCCACCUCUUUCGCCAACUACUAUCGUACCUGGAACGUGGUGGUGCACGAUUGGUUGUACUACUACAUUUACCGGGACUUCUUGUGGGUGUCCCGGAAGCGUUUCCGUGCGGCGGCCAUGUUCCUGGUGUUCACCGUGUCGGCGGUGGUGCAUGAGUACAUCCUGGCUGUCUGCUUUGGCUUCUUCUACCCCGUCCUCUUCUGCCUCUUCAUGUGCUUUGGAAUGAUGUUCAACUUCAUCCUUCAUGACCGGAGGAAAGGCCCCAUCUGGAAUGUGAUCAUGUGGACAACCCUCUUCCUGGGUCAGGGGGUCAUCAUCUGCCUCUACUCCCAGGAGUGGUAUGCUCAGCGCCACUGCCCCCUGCAGGAGCCCUCCUUCCUGGACCUGAUGAAGCCUCGUUCCUGGAGCUGCCACCUUCAAUCCAGCCCGUCCGAAGCAGACACACUCUGAGGUCACACCCCUGCACCCAACCAGACUAAACUAAGCUGGCCAAUCACUGGAGGGGAUGACCGCCACACCAGGAAGUGAAAAAGGGUCCAGCCUCUCACCCUGCCAAGCCUUUUGUUUGUGCCCUUUCCAUACUGUUUCAUUGCACUAAGGUGAAUUCCAACUGAUGUAAGGGAGAGAGCUCAUGUAUGUGUUUCAUUAGUGUGGAAGGAGGGAGCUUCGGAACUGUGUGCUAAAACUGCCUGAACACUGGAUGUCAAACUCACCCAGAUGCCUUAGUCAUCCCAUUUCUGUUCUUUCUUUUUUUUUCAUGCUGGUUAAUUUACACGGCCGGUUUACAUUGAACCAACCAAAAUGUGAACUCCAAAUUUCUCUUAUUCAGCUACUUAUUUCACGAUCCCGUUCUUUCUUCUGACUGACUCGCAUCCCCUAUUUGUCACAGGAAGUGAUUUGUGCCAAUGUUAUGCUCUUAAGAUGGCUGCUAAAAAUGCUGUCCUCUUUCUGCUGGUAUGCAGUAACGUGAUAGCACAUUCAAGCCAUCUGUUUCUACUUGACCAAUGGUAUAAGCACAGGUUUUUUGAUAACAUGAUUCAUGCUGCUGAUGGUUUCCAACACUGAAGAAUCACAGUGAAAAUGAUAAUUCGGUGAUGUCAUUGUUUCUCCUGAAAGAUUGUCACCUUAUUUCCAGUGGCUGACGACUCCAUAGUGAAGUGGCUCUACAUGUAGAGCUAUCAACCUACUUGAUCUUGGUUUAAAACCACAGGAACUUAGAAAUAUAAACGUGUCCGUGUCUUCGAUUUCUUCCUGUAUUUAUGCCCAGGGUGUUACCAGCUAAACAUGAUGAACAUAAAUAUGGAUCUCUGGAAGUGUAUGAGAUUACUUUUGCUACUGUAUGACUAUGAAUGUAAUUGCCAACAUGUUGUCAGACAUACAGACUGGAAUGCAGCCGGUCUAGGUAUUAAUCAAGAUAUAUAUUCUAUUUAUUCAAAAGCAAUAUAUUGAGAGCUCCAAAACGAACCAGUGAUUCUACAGUUUGCUUCAGUGAGACUGAAUGAUGUUAGUAGCUUGUGUGUUAAUGUGUGCAACUGAUUAAACUUGUAUAAAUACUUGUGCCUACAGCACAGAUUGUAAAGUACUGAAAUACUUUGUACAUUGUGUCUGAAUUGAAUCACAGAUCCAUAGCAUUAUUAAAUGUUAACAGCUGUU